CAAAUCAAGUUUAGGAAACAAACAACAAAGAACAGUGUUUAAUUUUCAAAAACAAUAAUAAUAAGAAGGAAUGACUUUGAAUAAAAUAACUUUUAUAAGAACAAUUUUUAAUUCACAAAGUGCAAGAAAGUUUUCAAUAAAAUCUUCAAAAUGUGAAGCAGUUGUAUCUCAAAGUGAAGUGCGCCAAAGUUGGUAUCAAGCAGUUGAUGAUGCUAUACAAUGUAUCAAAUAUCAAUCGCCAUUUCCUAAACUUAGAUACAUGACAACCAAUAAACAUGUAAACUGGCUUAGCAAUUUGGAGAAACUAGAAAAAAUUGAUCAUCCACUCCGUGAAACUGCUAAAAUUAUAUUCACUGAGAAAAAUGCAACUGCUAACCAAAUUUGGGGUAUUGUGGCUUUGUUGGUAAGCAAACUUGCUAGCUACCCGAAUAAAAAUUUAUGGAAUGAAAAAGAUUUUGACAAAGAAACUGGAAUUCUAAAGGAUCAGAGAAAGUUAUCUGAAUAUAUUGAAUACUUAGCUUUUCAAAAUGAAAUACAUCGUGAUGGAGUUCUUAAUAUGCAUCAUUUUAAUAAGAAUGCAUUGAAUUUAGAUAAUGACGAUCCAUUGAUCUUUGGAAACAAGAUUGCAAUACUUACUGGAGAUAUGAUGCUCGGAUUUCCUUCUUUACAAAUUGCAAAACUCAAAAAUUAUAAAGUAACAGCAAUAAUGUCAUCGACUGUCACAGAUACAGCAGACUUUAGUUUCCUUGGCGAAUGUGAUAUUCAAAACAAUCUCCUGCCAUCUGAUCCAAUUAAGAAACUUGAAGAACAGAAACAAAAUCCAAAAGUAUUUGAGGAAAUAUCAACCGAUGAAAUUGAUGUGAUGUUGCCAUUUAAAGUACAUGACGUUAUGGGAACAGCUGAAAAUGAAUGGAAACUACGACAUACUCUUGGCGGAGCAACACGUCUUGGUAAAAGCUUUCAAGCACUUUUAAUUCUUGCAAAGCACAACGAAGAGAAACAAAAGGAAAUCUACUUUAUGGGCAAGCACAUGUACCUUAGUUAUCGUGCUUCAAGAGAUUUGAAUAUUUUUAUAUCCAAUGAAGUUCCUUUAAAUGGAAAGUUUUUACUUAUUAGUGCUCCACUUUUGUUCCAUCUUGAGAAAGAUCCAUCACUAUUUGAGGAAAUCAAGAAAGGUUCAGAAUCAAUUGAAAAUAUAAAUUUCCAUAAACUACAUAAAAUUGUAAGAAAUGGACCAGGAAUGGAUAAGACAAAAGAACUUUUAAAUGAUAAUAUGUCGAUUGCUCUUAAUUUGCUUUACAAAUUUCCAAAAUGUGAAUCACGAAAGGCAAUUGAAAACUUAAUUCUUGCAUUAGAAAGUUAAUUAUUUUGUGAUUUUUGUUCGUUUCUCAAAACAUUGUUAUUUUAAGAUUUAUUCCUUUUAUUGCUAUAAAACUAGAUGAUUAUCUUUAAAAAUCCAAAAAUAUUAAUAUUAAAGCAAAAAUUAAAAUAAACUGAACCGUGACUUUUGGUCAAAACAAACUAUACAUAUACACAAUGCGCUUUUCCUUUUGACAUUUCUCCUUGUUCCUGUGUGUGAAUAAAAAUCUGCAAUCGAAUUGCCUUAAACCGGUCUCCAAAAAAGUAUUUAGAACCACAUUUUAAGAAUAUUUUAAAAAGCUAUAAAAGACAGUGCAUUCUUACUAAGAAUUCCCAGUUUAAGAUCAGAACGAGUUCGAAAUAAACGGAAGGAAUAGAACGUGCUGAAAAUUGUAGCAAUAAUUUUUAUUUAUUUCCACUUCAAUCAAUCAUUAAGUUCAACGACUGCGUAAAGUUUGGUUUAUAAAAAAAUAGGAAAAAAGUGAAAAAUGGCUUUAAAAAAAUUAAUUCCAACUAGAAGAAUCAUUUCGAAAACACAAAUUGGAAGGAAAUUUUCAAUAACAUCAUCAAAAUGUGAAGAAGCUGUUGCAUCUCAGAGUGAAGUUCGAUUGAGUUGGGAUCGAGCAGUUGAUGAUGCAAUAAAAAUUGUGAACUAUCAAUCACCAUUCUUAAAGUUAAGCUACAUGUCUACAGAUAAAAAUAUCAAUUGGUUUAAAAAUUUAGAAAAACUGGAACAAUCAGGACAUCCAAUGCGUGAUACUGCGAAGUUCCUGUUUGCUGAAGGAAAAACAAAUGCGAAUCAAAUGUGGGGAAUAGUAACAUUGCUCGUUAGCAAACUCGCCGGUUAUCCAAUUACAAAUUUAUGGAAAGAAGAUGAUUUUGACAGAGAAACUGGGAUCUUAAAGUCUCAACGAAAUCUAGCUGAAUAUAUUGAAUUUAUGGCUUCUGGAAACGAAUUUCAUCGAGAUGGAGUCCUUAAUAUGCAUCAUUUGAAUAAAGCUGGCAUAAACUUAGAUAAUGAUAGUCCACUGAUCUUUGGAAACAAAAUGGCGAUUCUUGCUGGAGAUAUGUUGCUCGGAUACUCAUCAUUGCAAAUUGCCAAACUAAGGAGACAGAGAUAUUCAGAACAAUCCACUGCCAUUUGAUCCAAUAAAGAAACUUAAGGCUCAAAAGCAAAAUCCAAAAGUUUUUGAGGAAAUAUCAAGUGAUCAAAUUGAUAUAAUGCUGCCAUUUAAGUUGCAUGACGUCAUGGGAGCAGCUGAAAAUGAAUGGAAAUUGCAUCAUACACUAGAUAGUGCAUCGCGUCUUGGGAAAGGUUGUAAAGCUGCUUUGAUUCUUGGAAAUCACAGUGAAGAAAAAAAGAAGGAAAUUUAUUUUAUGGGCAAGCACAUGUACCUUAGUUAUCGCGCAGCUAAAGAUUUGAGUAUAUUUAGAUCAGAUGAACUUCCUACUUCUGGAAAGUUCUUACUUAUUAGUGCUCCACUUUUGUUCCAUCUUGAAGAAGAUCCAUCAUUAUUUGAGGAAAUUAAAAAAGGUUCAGAAACAAUUGAAAAUAUUGACUUCGCUAAGAUCCAUGAAAUUGUAAGGAAUGGACCAGGAAUUGUAAAGACCAAAGAACUAUUAAGUAAAAAUAAUUUAAUUGCACUGACAUUGCUUCAUAAAUUUCCAAAAUCAGAGUCGCAACGAGCAGUAGAGAAUUUGAUAUUAGCAUUAGUGGACGAGCAUUAAUGGAUAUAUCGUAAGCUUAUUUAAAUAAUAUUUACUUUGGGGGGGUGUGGGAGGUCUAGUAAAGGAGGCCAUAGCAAUUUGUUCAUUAUUUACGACUGUGAAAAAAAAAGUAGGCACUAAAGUUUUACAGCCUUGAAAUUAUCACAUGUACAAUUUUAGAAUCUCAAAAAAUUAAAUAAAUAAAAAUGCGUAGUUUAUAAAAAUAAAGUUGUAAAUUCACAUUUUUACAGUUUCAAUAUUUUUUCUAAGAAUAGACUGCUUGAAAAAAUAAAGCACAGCUGUUUAAAGAUCAUUUUGUUCUAUGUUGUAGAUAAUGAUAUUCAAGUUUAACAUAAUAAAGUUUGGAGAAUUAACAUUUAUAUUUUUGAAUAAUGACUUACAAUGUAGAGCCCUAAUUUCUGACGGAAAAGCAAAUGGAAAUCAAAUUUGGGAUAAAAUAACUAUACUAGUAUGCAAAGUUGUCUAUCUAGGUGAAUAUAUUGAAUUUAUGGCUUCUCAAAACGAAUUUCACCUUAAAAUGCAUCAUUUGAAUAAAGCUGGCAUAAACGUUGAUGUAUGGAAACAAAAUUUCCCCAAAAUUUGCCUUUAAAUUGUCAUUUUGUUGUGUAGGCAUCAUCAUUCAGACUCAUUUAACCUGUGAUUUUCACAAACAUGACAAAUUCAAUUUUUUUGCGAAUUUUUGCGAACAAGCAUCUUAAAAAAAAACUUGAUUUUCCGGGAGAAUUGAAGACGUAAUCAAAACCACACACAACUGCGGUUUUAUGGAAUAGUUCUAAGUCUUACUUGAAAAAGCCAAUAUGCCUACUGCAGAAAGAAUUCCAAUAAACCGGUCUCUGACAAAAAUAAAUUUGGAAUCACAAUAAAAAAUAUUCUAGAAUACUAUUAUAGCCAUCUACACCACUAUAAUAUUGAAAAUGUUAACGCAAUAAGAAGCAGUGCGUUCAUUCUGCGUAUUCUUAGUUGAAGAUCAGACGAGUUCAGUACAAAAUAAGGUAGAGAUCAGCUCCUCAAUUUCAUCCAAUUCCUGUUAAGCCGGCUCCAGUGGUGAAUCACAAAAUAUAAAUUAAAAAUGACAUUGAGGAAAUUAUUUUCACCAAGGUCAGUUCUGUGCCUUAAGCAAAACACAAAGAAGUUUUCACUUUCAUCUUACAAAUGUGAGGAAGCUGUUGCAGCCCAAAGUGACUUUCAUUUGAGUUGGGACUAUGCAGUUGAAGAUGCAAUCAAAUAUGUCAGAUAUCAAUCGCCGUUUCUGAAAUUAGGCUACAUGACAACUGAUAAAAAUGUCAAUUGGAAUAGAAAUAUUGAAAAUUUAGAAAAGUCUGGACAUCCAAUGUAUGAAACAGCUAAGUAGGUUUAAAAUUAUUUUGUUAUUUGAAGCACAUGUUUUUUUUGAAGAAUCAAAUGACUGGAACUAGAUUUUAUGCAUAUCAUUUGAAUAUAAUCAAAUAACCAGUUGUGACCAAGAUCUUCUUCUCUUCUUUUAUUUUCUUUUUUUGGACAAUUUCAAGUCUAAUGUCAAGAUUCUGAAGGCUUCACGAUCAAUGCACUCGAUUAAUAUGCACAAUCUAACUUUAUGUUUCAGAAUUUUAUUAGGAGAUGGCAAGGCCAAUGUCAAUCAAAUUUGGGGCAUUGUGAUAUUGCUCGCCAGCAAACUAGCUGGAUAUCCAUCAACUUAUUUAAAGAAUGAAGAAGAUUUUGACAGAGAUUCUGGAAUUUUAAGAAAUCAACAAAAGCUGGCUGAAUAUAUUGAAUUUAUGGCUUCUGGAAAUGAAUUUCAUCGAGAUGGAGUUCUUAAUAUGCAACAUUUUCAUAAAUCUGGAAUGAAUUUGGAUAAUGACAAUUUGUUGAUAUUUGGCAAUAAAAUGGCAAUUCUUGCUGGAGAUAUGCUUCUUGGAUAUGCAUCACUGCAAAUAUCAAAAAUGAGGUGAUUAUCUGUAUUUCAUAUUAAUUGAUAUUAAUUUUAUUAAAUCUUACUUAAUUUAUAUAGAAACUAUAAAGUAACUGCGCUGGUUGCAGCUUUUGCCAGAGAUAUUGCUGAAUCAAAUUUUAUUGGUAUGUUUAAAACAUUCAAGUUCUAAAUGUUUGAACUUAAUACUUAUUGUCAUUACAGGUGAGAGAGACAUCCAAAACAAUCCACUGCCAUCUGAUCCAAUAAAGAAACUUGAAGUACAGAAAAAGAAUCCAAAAAUGUUCGAGGAAAUAUCAAGUGAUCAAAUUGAUAUAAUGUUGCCAUUUAAGUUACAUGACGUCAUGGGAACAGCUGAAAAUGAAUGGAAACUACGUCACUCUCUUAGCGGAGCAACACGUCUUGGUAAAAGCCUUAAAGCUGCUUUAAUUCUUGGAAAUCACAGUAAAGAAAAACAGAAGGAAAUUUAUUUUAUGGGCAAGCACAUGUACCUAAGUUAUCGUGCAGCUAAAGACUUGAAUAUAUUUAGAUCAGAUGAACUUCCUCCUUCCGGAAAAUUCUCCCUAGUCAGUGCUCCACUUUUGUUUCAUCUUGAGGAAGAUCCAUCAUUGUAUGAGGAAAUUAAAAAAGGUUCAGAAUCAAUUGAAAAUAUUGAUUUUGGUAAGAUUCAUGAGACUGUAAGAAAUGGCCCAGGCAUGGGAAAGACAAGAGAACUAUUAAGUAAAAAUAGUUUGAUUGCUUACACGUUGCUUCAUAAAUUUCAAAAUUCUAGUUGCCGAAGAAUAAUUGAAAAUUUAUUAUUUUCAUUAGAAAGUUAAAAUGUAAGGCAUUAAAUUAAGGCAAUAGAUUCGUUGAAAAUAUUGUUGCUUGAAGUGAUAAUAAAAGAUUAAUGCAGUCAAAAUAUUUAAGUUAUAUAUAUUUGAAAAAUGACAAUCUAAUGUUUUUUCUUGAUUUAGUCAAAAAGUGGAAAUAUGGAGUUUAAAGAACAACUUAGAAUGUUGUGAAUGAAUCUUGAGAAUGCUUUUAGUGAAUGAAUCUUUCCUGAAAAUCAAAUGAUACUUAAAUCACUUAAAUUAAAUAGUUCUUUGGUUCUUUCAAUGUCUUUGGAGCUUACAAUUAUUUCUAUGGUACGCCAACGAGUCCUUAUUUUCGAUAUUGAAUUUUUUUUGGGACCUUAUUUUCGAGCAUAAGUUCAAAUUUUUUUCACACGUUAAAUUAUUAAUGUGUAAUAUCUCUAAUUAAUAGUUUAAAUAUUUGUUUUUCAUCAUCAAAAUGUUAAACGAAUCCACUCAAAUGUAAUGAAUCAUUACUGAUUUACUAAACAAUUAGUGCAAGUGAAUUAAUAACAUUUUUAUUUCCAAUGUAAACAACAAAAAAAAUUUAUAAUAUUUUUGAAAAAAAAGCAUUUUAAACUAAUGUUUGCUGCAUUUAUCACCGAUUAGACGAUUAAAUUAGUGUUAAAAGACAUAGUAGAAUGAUUUAAUUCUGUAAUCAUAAGUAAAUUAAGUCAAAAAUUGCGAAAA